UCUCCCUCCCUGCCUCCUCCUCCCCUCUCCCCUGCUCUUUAUGAGAGGGCUGUCGCCCGGACUGGAGGAAAGUGUCCCUUCCCUCCCCUCCGCGCUCUACACUGAGCGGGACGUUGCGCUCGUCUCCCCGGGGGGUUCUCACCCCACCCCCCCGGAGCGGCCCGAGAGUCAGGGUCGGGGGCGCGGAUCGCCCCUUCCCGGGGUGGGGGCAGGGGAGGAGAAAAGUUGAGCCCCCUGCGCUAAGCGCUGGGCCCUGCGGGGGAGCGGCUCGGGAGCGGAGGGCCCCGGGGGCGCGGGGUGAGGAGGGGGCUUCGGGACCCCCAGCCCUGCGCCCCGCCGCCGGACGGACCCGCCACGGCCGGACGAUGGGCAGGGCCCGGGGUGGCCCCUCGCCCCGCCCGGGCCCCCUCUGGGCUUGGCUGGUCCUGGGCGCGGGGAUCCCCGCCAUGCUCGCCAGCCCUGGAAACCAAGUGAAUUUACUAGACUCGCGUACUGUAAUGGGGGAUCUUGGAUGGAUCGCCUACCCUAAAAAUGGGUGGGAAGAGAUCGGAGAGGUUGACGAAAACUAUGCUCCGAUCCACACCUAUCAAGUGUGCAAGGUGAUGGAACAGAAUCAGAACAACUGGCUCCUGACAAGUUGGGUCUCCAACGAAGGAGCCUCCCGGAUCUUCAUAGAACUCAAAUUUACCUUGAGAGACUGUAACAGCCUCCCUGGGGGCCUGGGGACCUGCAAGGAGACGUUCAACGUGUACUACUUUGAAUCGGACGACGAGGAUGGGCGGAAUAUCAAAGAGAACCAGUACGUCAAGAUAGACACCAUCGCAGCGGACGAGAGCUUCACCGAGUUGGACCUGGGAGACCGAGUCAUGAAACUGAACACCGAGGUGAGAGACGUCGGACCUUUGAGCAAAAAGGGCUUUUACCUGGCUUUCCAAGAUGUGGGAGCCUGCAUCGCCCUGGUGUCGGUGCGUGUGUACUACAAAAAGUGCCCAUCGGUGGUACGAAAUCUUGCCCUCUUCCCCGACACGAUCACGGGAGCCGAUUCUUCCCAGUUGCUGGAAGUGUCAGGCUCCUGCGUCAACCAUUCCGUGACAGACGAACCUCCCAAGAUGCACUGUAGCGCCGAAGGAGAGUGGCUCGUUCCGAUUGGGAAAUGCAUGUGCAAGGCCGGCUUCGAGGAGAAGAACAGCACCUGCCAAGUGUGCAGACCCGGAUUCUUUAAAGCCUCCCAUCAGAGUCAGAGCUGCAGUAAGUGCCCUCCUCACAGUUACACCCACGAUGAAGCCUCCACCUCUUGUCUGUGUGAAAAGGAUUAUUUCAGGAGGGAGUCUGAUCCCCCCACAAUGGCUUGUACAAGACCCCCCUCGGCUCCCCGGAAUGCCAUCUCAAAUGUUAACGAGACUAGUGUCUUUCUGGAAUGGAUUCCUCCUGCUGACACGGGCGGAAGGAAAGAUGUGUCAUAUUCUAUUGCAUGCAAGAGGUGCAACUCGCAUGCAGGUGUGUGUGCGGAGGAAUGUGGCAGUCAUGUCAGGUAUCUCCCCCGGCAAACCGGCCUGAGCAACACCUCGGUCAUGAUGGUGGACUUGCUAGCUCACACAAACUAUACCUUUGAGAUCGAGGCCGUGAACGGAGUGUCCGAUCCGAACCCGGAAGCCCGGCAAUAUGUCUCUGUAAAUGUAACCACAAAUCAAGCAGCACCUUCUCCAGUGACCAAUGUGAAAAAGGGGAAAAUAGCCAAAAAUAGCAUCUCUCUGUCUUGGCAAGAGCCAGAUCGUCCCAACGGCAUCAUCCUGGAGUAUGAAAUCAAAUAUUUUGAAAAGGAUCAGGAGACCAGCUAUACGAUUAUCAAAUCUAAAGAGACAACCAUCACUGCCGAUGGCUUGAAACCGGCGUCAACCUACGUCUUCCAAAUCCGAGCGCGCACAGCGGCAGGCUACGGUGUCUUCAGCCGAAGAUUUGAGUUUGAAACCAUCCCAGUGUCAGUAGCAGCCUCCAGCGAUCAGAGCCAAAUUCCAAUCAUCGCCGUGUCUGUCACCGUGGGAGUGAUUCUUCUGGCCGUGGUGAUCGGUUUCCUCCUCAGUGGAAGUUGCUGCGAAUGUGGCUGUGGCAGGGCCUCUUCCCUCUGUGCCGUUGCCCAUCCAAGCCUAAUAUGGCGGUGUGGCUACAGCAAAGCAAAACAAGAUCCUGAAGAAGAAAAGAUGCAUUUUCAUAAUGGGCACAUUAAACUACCGGGAGUUAGAACCUAUAUCGAUCCGCACACCUAUGAAGACCCCAAUCAAGCCGUCCAUGAAUUUGCCAAGGAAAUAGAAGCAUCGUGCAUAACCAUCGAAAGAGUUAUCGGAGCAGGUGAAUUUGGAGAGGUCUGUAGCGGACGUUUAAAACUGCCUGGAAAACGAGAAUUCCCGGUGGCCAUCAAAACCCUCAAAGUUGGCUACACUGAGAAGCAAAGACGAGAUUUCCUGGGUGAAGCCAGUAUCAUGGGACAAUUUGAUCACCCCAACAUCAUUCACUUGGAAGGUGUUGUCACGAAAAGCAAACCAGUGAUGAUAGUGACAGAGUACAUGGAGAACGGUUCCCUGGAUACAUUUUUAAAGAAGAAUGAUGGACAGUUCACUGUGAUUCAGCUCGUUGGGAUGCUGAGAGGUAUCGCCUCUGGAAUGAAAUACCUUUCGGACAUGGGUUAUGUGCACAGAGACCUCGCAGCCAGGAAUAUCCUUAUCAACAGUAACCUCGUGUGCAAAGUGUCUGAUUUUGGGCUUUCCAGAGUUCUGGAAGAUGAUCCUGAAGCUGCGUACACCACGAGGGGAGGCAAGAUUCCCAUCCGAUGGACGGCUCCCGAAGCUAUCGCCUUUCGCAAGUUCACCUCGGCCAGUGAUGUCUGGAGUUAUGGAAUAGUGAUGUGGGAAGUGGUGUCUUAUGGGGAGAGGCCAUACUGGGAGAUGACCAAUCAAGAUGUGAUUAAAGCUGUGGAAGAAGGCUAUCGUCUGCCAAGCCCCAUGGACUGCCCCGCUGCUCUCUACCAGCUAAUGCUGGAUUGCUGGCAGAAGGACCGAAACAGCAGGCCCAAGUUUGAGGAAAUAGUCAGCAUGUUGGACAAGCUCAUCCGUAAUCCGAGCAGCUUGAAGACACUGGUUAAUGCCUCGAGCAGAGUGUCCAAUUUAUUAGUAGAACAUGGACCCCUUGGAACCGGAGCCUACAGAUCAGUAGGUGAAUGGCUGGAAGCAAUCAAAAUGGGACGAUAUACCGAGAUUUUCAUGGAAAAUGGAUACAGUUCAAUGGACGCUGUGGCUCAGGUGACCUUGGAAUCUUCCAGAUGGGAUAGUGGAAUCCGCCUUUGUAAAUUUGACUCAUGGACAAUACCCAAAGGAUGUCAGCUAAAUAAGGGAUUUGAGGCGCCUUGGAGUGACUCUUGUCGGUCACCAGAAGAAGAUAAUGAACAGUCUUCAAGAAAUGAAGGUCCAGAUGGUAAAUGGGAUGCAAACCGUGUAACUCACUUUCAAUUUCACUUCCUCAAGUGAUCAUCCUGCACUUUGUAAAGUAGUCCCAAGAUUGAGUUGAACAAAAACAAAAGGAUAUUCUGUGAUUUCUUAAACUAAGGACAGCAUCGAUCCCAGCCAUGUAAUUUAUAAUCUGUGUUUGACUAAAAUUUCCUUUUCUUCCUCUUUGUGUCUUCAUUUUCAUGAAGUUAAAUAUUUCAUGCUUGAAACAUGGAAAUGGGCAUAAUGUAGUGGAGGUCAACUAUUCUACUUUGCUUUAGCUGAAAACAAAAGCCUUCCCACAACACUUGCCCGUACAUGGAACAUCCAUACAACCUUUCUAUCCUGAAUUAAGGCAGCAUAUGUUCAUUCUUUCAAGAACUUACUUAAAAAGGAAAUGUUUGAAGCCAUCUGUGGGCUAUCUGAAGCUGCAGUUUACUGAAGUUUACUCCAUCUCAAAUGUCUACAGAAGUGUAUCGAAGAGCAAUAGCAUUAGAUUAUUUCUUGAUAGGAUAUCUCAUUUUGUAAAUUUAAAAUGCUGUUACACAGCCCAAAGUAUUAGAGAGUAGUGUAUAAACAUGUUGCUUGGUCAAUGACAGAUCCAAUACAGGGUGUAUAUUUAUUUUUCUGUGUUAUAAAAUUGCUUUUAGUUUGCUCUUCUGGAGAUUAAUACAUAUUGACUCUGUAUAUAAUGUACAGUUUGCUACAUACCCAGGUACCCAUUUGGAGUUUUCUGUGGGGUGGUGUUUUGUUGGUUUUUGUGUGUGUCUGCACGCGCACGUUAUCACUCUGUACUUUUCUAUUUAGAUUUUAAAAUAUAGAAAAAAUAGUGUGGGGAGUUUAAAGUAGACUUGUGAGAGGAAAGAGCAGGCGGUCCAUAAAGGAAGUGAGUUCCUCUCUUUUUGGCCUAGUGCUGAAAGGAUAUCAGAGCUCCCUAUCCGCUCACAGAAACGAAGAUGGAAUUAAAUCCCCUUUGACUUUUUUUAAAACACUUUGUAAUAUCUGUAACAAUGCAGUUCUGCCAGCCAUUAAUCUUACUCCACUGUCAGAAAUUUUGCCAUUCUAAAGUCCUGAAAAUAUCUUGUCAGGCCAAGUUGACACCAAAGGGCACAUUUCAGCGAGAUGGAGAGGGAUUUAGCAGUGCAAGUUUCCAUUAGCGUUGUUAGAAGCACGUGCCCGACACCAGGCAUUUACCCCUAAGUGUUAAUCCUUUUUAAGCAUUUCCAUCCAUGGUUUUGCCACAGGAGCUUUGAUAUUAAAGCCGCACGGUGAUGAUAACUGCCUUUUAGUUUGAGGCGGAAGUUUACUUUAACCCAAUUUACAUUUGCCGAUAGCUGCUUGGGUGGUGUGCGAUUUCAUCUCUGAGAAUGCUACCUAGCAUUGGAGAUGAUUGAGAACAGAGGGUUUUGGCACCUGGUUACCUGAAAAUUAUUUCCUUUUUGGACCUUCUCAUUACCAGUCUCUGUUUGAGAAGUAGGAGUCUCACCAGAUCUUGCCUAUAAACUACAUCUGAGAGCGGCAUAAUCCAACACUAUUCGUGUUUGGAAAGAAGAAAACAGUAGAAUCGUGUUCAGAGCAAAUUUGCCUAAAAGGUCAGACCAAUUAAUAUUCUGAUCUUCCAAUCUUCCAAAACAUGGCAGGGUUGACAUUGAUGAGAGGAAUCUAUACCUGUGAGCUGACGUGCAGCCAAUUCUAGAUUUCUCUGCAGUGGCAGGAGGAACAGACCAAAAAAAAAAAAAAUCAAUGAUUCCACAGGGAAUGCAAACAUCUCCUCUUAGCUCAUACACUCAACCUCCUUCCCAAUCUAAAUCUUGUUCCAGGGUGCUGAACAAAUAUCUAUAUGAUCUUGAGUCCCAUUCUGCUCUCUGCCAGCCAAAAGUUGGGGAUUAAAGGGAUGUAAAGAAGUGAAUUAGGAGUUUACACAAGCAGGUAGGCACCUGAAGGUGAGCUUUGCCCAGGGAUCUUUUCCCUUUCAAAUAUUCACUGUAUAGACAAGUCAUUAUCGCUAAUAUUUCACUUUGCAUAUUUCAGUGAACUGAAGCAGAGAUUUUUUUUUUUGGAUGUAUUGUGGAAUUAUGCUGUACCUGGUUGAAUUGUUUAAAAAUGAAUCUGAUUGAUAAAAGUA